AGGCAUAGUGGAAUUAUUUUAUUGAUGAGAGCUGAGGGUGUCUGCAGUGAAGGCCUGGGAGAGCAGUCACAGACUUCAGGCAGUCAUUGACUACAAAGGAUUUUAUAGACCGGCUCUCCAAAUGACGUCACUGCUUUGCACUUUACAUGACCAUCUAGAUGAUGUCAACUGGUGUGCCUUCUCCGCCAAACUGUUUGCCACCUGUUCUGGGGACAAAACCCUCAGGAUAUACAACACCAGUGACUUCUCAGAGCUGUCGUUCUCACCGCUGUCAGGACAUGGCUACAGCGUCCACUGCUGCUGCUUCAGCCCCUGUGGGCAGUUUCUCGUUUCGUGUUCGACUGAUGCAACCACGGUGGUCUGGUCCAUGGUCACAGGUGAGAUCGAGGCCGUCAUGGAACAUCCUGGUCGCAGCCCUGUGAGGAUCUGUGCACUCUCUCCUGACUCUAUUCACAUGGUUUCUGGUGCAUCUGAUGGCACUUUGGCUCUGUGGGAUUUCCCCUCCAAACAGCUGCGCAGGACCGGGGCAGUGAAUGACACAACAAUGGUAGCCUGCUCCUUUAGCCCCUGCAGUCAGGUCUUCAUGACCGGCUCCACCUAUGGAGACCUGCGUCUGUGGGACCUGAACAUGAACCAGCUCCAUGCAGAGAAGAAUGCCCACGACCUGGGGGUCACCUGUUGCACCUUUGCUCCCAGCAUCCUCAGUGGUGGUCAAGUCGUGCAGUUUCGUCUGGCAUCCUGUGGCCAAGACAGUCUCCUGAAGAUCUGGGCCAUUAAUAAGUUCAGCUCUGGAGCCUAUAAGAUGCAGCGCCUGCACACAUUAACUGGCCAGUCGGCUCCAGUCCUCUCCUGUGCGUACUCCUCAGAUGGGCAGCUGCUCGUGUCUGGCUCUGUGGACAAAACUGUUGCAGUCUAUGAUGCAAAAAAUGCAGUUUUGCUUUACACACUGAAACAGCAUGAGAGGUACGUGACAGCAUGUUCCUUCUCUCCAACUUCACCGCUAAUUGCUACAGGAUCAAUGGAUAAGACUGUAAACAUCUGGAGGCUGGAGGACGGAUGCAGUGGCCAUGGCGGGAAGUCAAUGUCUGGGGAGUCUGCUCUGACAUCAGGUGAAGGGAGAAACUCAGCAGGCCGAUUGAAGCUGCUGGUCACCGAUUGGUCGGAGGAGGAUGUGUCAGAGUGGCUGGUGGAGGAGGGCCUCGAGCGAUUGGUUGACAAAUUCAGGGCCAACAACAUAGAUGGGACAGAGCUGCUCAGUCUCACCAAGGAAACACUGGCGUCAGAGCUGCUCAUAGAGUCCGUAGGCCUGCGCAAUAAACUCCUGAGGAAAGUGGAGGAGCUGAAGAGUGAGUCAGCCUGUUCAGGCAUUCCUGAUGAGUUCCUGUGUCCAAUCACCAGAGAGCUGAUGAAGGAACCAGUCAUUGCUGCUGAUGGCUACUCAUAUGAAAGAGAGGCCAUUGAGAGUUGGAUCAACACCAAGAACCGAUCCAGCCCUAUGACCAACCUCCCUUUACUGACGACUCUACUCACCCCUAACCACACCCUGAAGAUGGCUAUUGGCCGCUGGAAAACUAGCCACUAGCCUCUGAAACACCUCUGACCUGGUGUGCCCCAAAUGUUUCACCUAAAUCAGACAGAAAGCUGAAUACACUGCUCACAGGGAUCCCACACCAUUACAGGGACAGGUGUGUCUGAUUGUUUUCCAUAUGAGACGUCUGCACGCUGUGGGGCUUUCUUUGGUGGCACUCAUUUAUAAAGCUGCAUUAAGCAAUUUUUGAAAGUGGGGUUACUAAGUGCUGAUUUAGUAGGGUCCCAAAACCUAUGCACAUGCCAUAGUUACUGUUCAACUUUUUACAGUUUUUUAAGUUCAU